UUGACUAGAGGCAGCGUCUCCACGUUGCUAAGCAACAGCCAAGAGCCGCUGCCCAAGGGGCUCGUGCCCCGCCGCCAGCCACCCCAUGGCAAAGUUCGUGCUGGCUGGUAAGGCAGACUGUCCAUACUUUGCUAAGGCAGAACUUCUGGCUGACUAUCUUCAGAUUAAUUUGCCUAAUUUCAAGAUACACAAGAUUACUCAGCAUCCUGACAAGUGGGAGCAGUGGCUUCGUGAUAUCUGUGAAAAGAAUGGAUGGAAACACAAACGCUCACCUAUUGUUUGGCGGGAAUUAUUGGACCGUGGAGGGAAGGGCCUGCUUCUGGGAGGAUUUAACGAUUUUAUGGAGCAUGCCCAGCAUUACUAUGGCAUCACCUCAGACAUGCUGAGUGAGCAGAUGCUGAGAAUUGCUAAGGAGAAUUUGCAGACCCACAUAGAAAUUGAGAAAGAGGAGGAAUAUAUUAAAAGUCUUAUCAACCCCUUGCAGGUCUGGAUCAGCAGUGCAUCAGCUCCUGCCUGCUAUAACCUGAUUCCAUUAUUGGCCAAUGGAGAAGUGUUUGGGAUGGCAACAGAGGUUAGCAUUCAUCUGCUUGACAGUAGCCAUUACAAGGAAAUUCUGCAUGGUAUUGUAAUGGAGGCUGAAGACUUAGCAUUCCCCCUCCUUCGCAGUGUCUCAAUGCACACUGAAUUAGAUGAUGCCUUUGUUCAGGCUGAUAUUGUAAUUUUGCUUGAUGAUAUCCUCUUUCAACACGAGAUCCCAUCACUUGAAGACUGCAUCAGACAGGUGACUGAGCAAUGUAAGGUGUAUGGUUCCCUGAUUGAGAAGAAUGCCAACAGCAAGGUCAAAGUUAUUGUGUCAGGAAAAACCUUUGUGAACCUUAGGGCAUUAAUGAUUAUGACAUUUGCCCCAUCCAUUGACGGCCAGAAUAUUAUCGCUGUGGCAAUGUUCUUGGAAAAUGCAGCUAAAGCUAUGCUGGCCAGGAAACUGAAUAUGAAUUCAGCAGGAGUCAAAGAUGUGAUUGUUUGGGGUAAUAUCAGUGGCAAUAGCUACGUUGAUCUGUCUAAAGCAAAAGUUUACAAAUAUGACAGUGCUAUCUGGGGCCCACCUAACUUUUCACGCCAUUUGCUGGACAUGAUCUAUGAUGGCAACUGGGUGCGUUCAGAAUUUGCAUUUGUACUGAGUUCCCUGAGUUCCUGGGGGCAUCACUGCUUAGGCAUGUCACCUGCUCAUGUAAUAGCUACUGUGCUGAGAUACUGGUACCAAGACUCUCCUCCUGGGGAGAUUGUUUCAAUGGGAAUACUCAGCGAAGGUCAAUUUUGUAUCCCUGAAGGGAUUAUCUUCUCCAUGCCUGUGAGGUUCCAGGAUGGUAGCUGGGAGGUCAUUACAGAAACAGAAAUUAGUGAAGAAACUCAAGAAGCUCUGAAGCGUUUAGCCCAUGAUCUGAUACAGGAAAAACAAGUUGCACUAGGGGAAAUACCAGAAAUGCGUCCAUAUAAAGAACCUGCAUUCAAUGGCUUCAAUCUGCUAGCACUUCUAGAAGAGGAAAACGUUCAAACACCCCCAGAGGACCUGGACACCUUAUCCAAUGGCUUACUUCAGCCAGAGACCCAGGAAGGAGAAAAAGUCCAAGCAACUACUGAUGAACCUGAAGCUCCACCCGAUGGGUUACUUCAGUCAGAGAUGCUGGAAGAAGACAAAGUCCAAGUGCCUAUAGAUGAUCCUGAAACUUCAUCUGAGAGCUUAAAUCAAUCAGAGACCAGUCUGAGCAAUGCAGAAAACAAUGAAAACCCUUAAAUAAUUUCUGAUCAAGUAAACUACGGCAAGGGAUAUGCUAUUGUACUUGGAACAUAUUACUUCUGUGAUCUGACAGAGACAGAUUCAUGGCUUUGAACCUUUACAGGUUUUCUUUUGUAGUAGUUAUUUAAGAAUGUAUAGGAACUGGCACAUUUGAAAAAAAAAACCUACCACACACACACACCUCAUGGUAAUUGAUUCUACAGGGCUGCAAAUUUAAACACAAAUUCAAUAAAUGAAAAUGUUAAAAUUAUUUUAUCAAUAAGUAAUUCACAUUGCAUGUGCUGUAUAUUAAAGUAAAUAUUUAACAGCCUAAGCAAAAAUCUUAGGCCAAAAUUUUCAAAAACGAGAGCUUAACUUUAAGCAUCCCUUUUUUAAAAUGCUGUUUUACUUUUAUUUGUUUUCUGAUACCUGUAUGUUUGAAUUAGUAAUAUUAAUAUUGUAUUAAAAUAAGAAAUUAAAAUGAUUCCAGCGUAGCAUUAAUGUUACAUAUUUAAAGUGUAGUUUUACUAUGAAAAGUGACAGUUAAAAAUGGCAUCUCUUUGCUCAGCAAAUAGGACUCUAUUUGCACAAAAGUAAUGUAUUUACUCAGUUUAGUAACAAAAAUAUUCUUAGCUUUACAGAGCCACCAGAACUAAGAUGUAAUAGGAUCUGCAUCUUAGUCAAUCUUGCACAGCCUCAGCAGAUUGUUUACCGAGUUCCAGUUAUUUACACCUGUGCAAACCCAUUGAAGAAAAUGUUGCACAGAUAAAGCUGAGUGCCAGAAGCUUUAUCAAAGAUGCUGAUGCAGGAUUGAAAAAGCGCAAAUUGAUUCUCAGACUCCAGAAUGAGGGGGUAGUUAGGAAACAAAUCUUUUACUUAUGUACUGAGCACAUUUGACACAAAAAUUAGUAAUACAACAAACAUGGAAGCCAUGAUAUCAACUUUGCAAAGUCACUUUUCAGACUAGAACUUCACAUAGAACAGAAAAGAAUCAGAGAAUGAAAAAAAAUAUUGAGGCUCUUAAGCAAGAAUUGCCUUGGUAUUUUUUUAAAUUUGUGCUAGAGAUGUCAAGAUACAAUAAAGAAAAGCACCUUCGCUGGACACUG